CAAUCAGCCGUCACCUGCUCGACUCCAUCCCGAGUAAUACCAACCAUAUGCUUCGUGAACAACAUCCCCACCCCAUUAGAAGCUGAGUGCUUGACCCAUCAUCUCAAAUCCAAUAUCAACGCCUCUUGGAUACCAGAUAAUAUCGCGGUGCUGGGCAUCGCUCCGGCCAACGAUGGGCCGACUAUGGCACUCCGCAGCCAUCGCAGCACUGCUCACUGCAGGCUUCGUAUCCGGCGAAGCUUUCACCCCAAAGCAUGAGGCAGGGCGAUGUGCCAUGCGCGGACACUGCGGCAAGACAGGUUUCUUCUCACCCGAACUGCCUUGUUCAGACAACGGGCUGGCAGAGGAGCCAGAGGACGAUGUGAGGAAGCAGCUGGUGGAGCUAUGCGGCCCCAAAUGGAAUACUGGACCCGUAUGCUGUGGGAGCGGACAGCUUGACUCGCUGGCGGAGAAUCUCAAGAAGGCAAAUCCUUUCAUAUCCUCCUGCCCCGCAUGCAAGGAGAACUUCUACAACCUAUUCUGCACAUUUACCUGUUCUCCCGAUCAGUCGCUCUUCAUCAACGUCACUCAAGCCGACAAAGUUGGUGGAAAGUUCAGGGUAGCAGAGAUCGACCACCUUGUUUCGGACGAGUAUGGAUCUGGCUUCUACGACAGUUGCAAGGACGUGAAGUUCGGGCCCACAAACAGCAAUUCUAUGGACUUCAUUGGUGGAGGUGCAAAGAACUAUACGGACUUUCUGAAGUUUAUGGGCAAGAAAUCCGCGUUAGGCUCGCCAUUUCAGAUCAACUUCCCCAGGCCGAGUGAUUAUCCUGAAGACGGAAUGGGAGGCCUGGAUAUGAAACCGAAGAGAUGUAACGAUGAGGACGAGCGCUUCAGAUGUGCCUGUAUCGACUGCCCUGCAGUUUGUCCCACAUUGCCAGAAGUUAAAAAUGGGCGCUCUUGUCAUGUUGGAUUACUACCCUGCCUAUCAUUUGGAGCAAUCCUGACCUAUAGUGCCCUUAUGGCCUUGCUUGCUACAGCUUUAUUUGGCCACAUCGCCUGGGCGAAGCAUUCUCAGAGAAAGUCUGAACGUUUACGAUUGCUCCAGGACAGUGCACCAAGCGAUGAUGAGGAUGAAGGGGACAUGGUCGACAACGCUGCUAUGUACGAUCGGCCACAGAAGAAUUACAGGAUCAAUAGCUUCUGCGAUGCCGCUUUCAGCCGCUUGGGAUACGCCGCAGCCAAAUUUCCCGGUAUCACUAUUGGGAUCAGUGUCCUUGUCGUCGGACUUAUGAGCCUGGGUUGGAUGAGAUUUGAUGUCGAGAAAGAUCCGGCUCGAUUAUGGGUCAGCCCAACCUCUGCUGCUGCGCAGGAAAAGGCUUUCUUCGAUAGUCACUUCGGACCGUUCUAUCGUGCCGAACAGAUGUUUCUGGUAAACGACACGCACCCCGAAGGCCCUGGUCCAGUGUUGAGCGAUGACAUCCUCAGGUGGCUGAUCGGUGUUGAAGAUCGCAUCAAUCAAAUAAAAGGGCCCAAAACCGGUGUCUCACUGGACGACGUUUGCUUCAAACCUACUGGGGAUGCAUGUGUUGUCCAGUCAGUAUCGGCUUAUUUUAACAAUAACCCAGAUUCGGUCAAGCCAAAUACUUGGAAGGAUACGCUCCGGGGUUGCGCUGGUACGCCCAUCGAAUGUCUUCCUAAAUUCAGUCAGCCUAUAGAUCCGAAAAUGAUCCUCGGCGGCAUUCCAAGCGGCGAUGUUGUCGAUGCGUCCGCACUGAUCGUCACUUGGGUUCUCAAAAAUGAUGUUGAAGGGUCACCCGAGGUCGAAAGGGCCAUGGAUUGGGAAGCGGCUAUGAGAGACACUUUCUUUGAUUUGCAAAACGAGGCAACGCAACGUGGGUUGAGACUAUCCUAUUCCACUGAGAUCAGUCUGGAAGAAGAACUCAACAAAUCCACAAACACAGAUGCGAAGAUUGUCGUGAUAAGCUACAUUAUCAUGUUCUUCUACGCAUCUCUAGCUCUUGGGUCGACUACUUUGUCUAUCCGGUCUAUCCUACGUAAUCCCGCCACGUCCUUCGUCGAUUCGAAAUUUACUUUGGGAGUGGUUGGUAUCCUGAUCGUACUGAUGUCCAUUUCUGCGUCUAUUGGUCUAUUCUCCGCGGCAGGUAUCAAGGUGACCCUCAUCAUUGCAGAAGUCAUCCCCUUCAUUGUACUUGCAGUCGGUGUUGAUAACAUCUUCCUCAUCGUCCACGAGUUCGAGAGAGUCAACGUCAGCCAUCCUGAUGAUAUGGUAGAGUUCCGUAUUUCGAAAGCUCUAGGACGAAUGGGACCCUCCAUCCUCUUGUCAGCGAUUACCGAGACGAUAGCAUUCUCUCUCGGUGCAUUCGCGGGCAUGCCUGCUGUUAGAAACUUCGCGAUAUAUGCUGCCGGCGCGGUGUUCAUCAACGCCAUCUUACAAGUCACUAUGUUCGUGUCUGUCCUCAGUCUCGACCAAAGACGAGUCGAAGAUCACAGAGCAGACUGUUUCCCCUGCAUCCAGAUAAAGAGUGCCGGGGUAUAUCUUAGCGGCUCGAGUGGCCCCGGGUAUGCGAGACCAUACGAAGGUCAGGAUGAGACCAGUCUGCAACAAUUUAUUCGCAAGACUUAUGCUCCGGCACUUCUUGGCAGGAAGAUGAAGGUUGCUGUCGUAGUCAUCUUCCUUGGGAUAUUUACGGCUGGCGUUUCGCUGAUGCCCAAAGUCUCUCUGGGAUUAGAUCAACGAGUCGCAAUUCCUGACGGUUCUUACUUGAUCCCCUAUUUCAACGAUCUCUAUGAUUAUUUCGACUCUGGACCCCCAGUGUACUUUGUCACCCGCGAGUUGAACGUCACUGAACGCAUACACCAACAGCAACUCUGCUCCCGAUUUACUACUUGCGAACAAGAAUCCCUCACAAACAUUCUCGAGCAAGAGCGGAAGAGACCAAGCACAUCUUACAUUGCCUCCACCGCGGCAAGUUGGAUCGAUGAUUACUUCCGCUGGUUAGAUCCAGAACUUGAUACAUGUUGCGUUGAGAAUGGCCAGACAUGCUUCAAGAACCGUGAUCCGGAAUGGAAUAUUACCUUAUACGGUAUGCCAGAAGGAGGGGAAUUCAUACACUACCUCCAAAAAUGGGUAGAUUCGCCUACAGAUCAACUUUGUCCUCUGGGUGGAAAGGCUUCAUACGGUGAUGCGCUGGUCAUCGAUGCCGAGAGGGAGACGAUUCCAGCAAGCCAUUUCCGCAGCAGUCAUACACCCCUCCGCAGCCAAGAGGACUUCAUAGAUGCCUACGCCUCAGCACGUAGAAUCGCAAGUGGAUUAAAGGAAAGCACGGGCAUUGAGGUCUUCCCAUACAGCGUAUUCUACAUAUUCUUUGAUCAAUACGCUUCCAUCGUCCGCUUAACCGCAACACUACUCGGCGCCGCUCUCGCCAUGGUCCUCGUCGUCUCUUCUAUCCUCCUAGGGUCCGUAAAGACGGGAGCCGUCGUAACCACCACCGUCAUCAUGAUCGUCAUCGACAUCAUCGGCGCCAUGGCGGUCUUCAACGUCUCUCUGAACGCCGUCAGCCUGGUGAACCUGGUGAUCUGCGUCGGCAUCGGCGUCGAGUUCUGCGCCCACAUCGCGCGCGCCUUCAUGUUCCCCAGCCGCGCAGUCAUGGAGCGCGCCAAGAUCAAGUUCCGCGGCCGCGACGCCCGCGCCUGGACGGCGCUCGUCAACGUCGGCGGCUCCGUCUUCUCGGGCAUCACCAUCACCAAGCUGCUCGGCGUCUUCGUCCUCGCCUUCACGCGCAGCAAGAUCUUCGAGAUCUACUACUUCCGCAUCUGGCUCUCGCUCGUCAUCUCCGCGGCGGCCCACGCCCUCAUCUUCCUCCCCGUGGCGCUCAGCCUCGUGGGCGGCGACGGCUAUGUCGAUCCUGAGAGCGAUGGUGGGCUGGAGGAGGACCUGGCCAGUCGCAGGUAUAGAGCAUUAUUACCGGAUGAUGGAAGUGAUUCGGAUGAUGAUUAUUAGGCGAAACCCCUUUCUUUAUAUGAAUAGCGGUUUAGAAACGUCUCUACGUCUGUAGAUAAGAUUGAAAUUAGCAGAGAAUUAAUCGGAUAAAUGAAUCAGUCUCAAUAAAUGAAUCAGUCU